AUAAAAGCAGCAACUACAACAACAGUGCUUAUUGGUGUGCGACGGUCACAGGAAAUAAAAGUUGACUGUGUGCUCAUUGCAUCUCCGCUCCACAGCGAGGCCUUCACUCCGGUCGAGCGGGACAUUAAACCCCGUGAGUCAACUCACAGCUCCAGAGAGUUGUCGUUCUCGUCUCCUCCACUUGAGUCCUCCGACCUUUGCCCUCCCCGAUCUUCCUCCACGUCGCCAACGGCUCAUUACACCUCUUCUUCACGCCUUACAUAAGAUGAAGGUGUCGAUGGAUCUGUGGCCCCCGGGGGCUUUAUUCUGUCCCCCCGGCGCGAGAAGGCGUCGUUCCUCCUCCUCCUCGUCCAAAUGUGGAGAAUCUCGACGGUGAGAGACGGAUUGUGUUUACGAUGAAGGCAGAAAGAGAACAGGAGGAGCUGGACAUUCACAGCCACGGUGUAGCUUUAAGGAUCAUUUAGGGGAGAUGACGAUUGAAUAUAUAUAUAUAUAUAUACACCUCUUUGUGGGAGGGACGGUGAGAGAUGGUCUUCCUUCUCUGGGUCUGAACGACCUGCUGCGUCCUUCACCUCCACUGGGAGGAAACACGAGGACUCACUGUGGCCUGUGGCUCCUCAUUAAGGCUCCGAUUGGGACGACCCCCAUCACACACACACGUAUGUUUAAGUGUGCUUGUGAAAACCGUAUUCCUACCCUUAAAAGCGGGGACACACCCAUCUCUGCUUCCUGAGGCGUCGUCUUUGAACUCAUGGUGCGGCUCGUGUGUUUUCGCUGCUUGCCGUGUGAAUCAGGAGCUUCUGAGACGACCGGAUCGAUAAAUCAUUAACUGUAUAUAAUGUUCGCUCGCCGAUAGCUGCAGGCUUACAUCACCCGGGAGAAUAAGAAGUUGUGCGGGAGCACAAUAAUUAAUGUUUCGACCCAACGGGGUCACCCGUCCCAUUAGUACCUGCUUUUAUUGAGAUUGAUGAAGAAGUUGGGAGAUUACCGGGCCGCCGUGCAGCGUGGUGUAAAUCUAACGCGGGCCGGGCGGCGGGAGCCCGCGAGGAGACGAGACGUGGGUCUGGAUUUACCGCCGGGCCUCGUGGAGGGAAUUCAAACACGUCUGUGAUGGAAAUCUCCCCCGACGACCCCCGACUCGUUUCCUCUGCUCCUGCAUCCGACUGGCGUCCAGAGCUGCGAAGGCAAAGCACGAGAGGCGAGAGAAGCUCGGGGUCACGAACACUCGACGAAGGGUUUGAACGUGAGACUGAAGCCGGAUGUCGUGCAGAUGAACCCGUUAAAGGCAUUAAAUCUACCAUAAACUCAUAUUUCUAGAGAAGAAGAGCGUCUCUUCACAGGAUGUCCUGUGGUUCGCAGCAUAUGUUUAGAUAACGACAAUUAUUUUAAUAUUUAUGGGUGUUUUGUUAUUCUGAAAUAAGGUUUGUAUUGAACAGAAGCAGAUUUUAAGAUAUAUAUUUUUUUACGAUAUAACAUGUCAGUAAAUAUCCCACUCGGGAAUUCUGAAGCUUUUAUUUUCUUAAAAAAGGCCUUUAAGUAUCAUAAACGUUGUGUAUGUCAGCAUGAAGCCUCCUUGUUUCCUGACCUGCUCCCGUUUGUUUUAUUUUGUUAUACAAACACAACACUUCCUGUUUCGGUUUCAAAAUAAAAGCUCUGGCACGUUCAGUGGACAGAAUCCCGUCAUGUUUUUUUUAUUGUGACCAUGUUUGCACUUGUCUGAGGAACAAUAACACUCCAGAUCCAGACCUGCAGGCUGUUAAAUAGAGCCAUUAAAAAUUGAUAUACGUAUUAAAUUAAAGAGAUGGAAACAGACGUGAACACCAGCUUUUAUUUGACACCUAGGAAGACAAAUAUCAACACUCUGCAGGAGCAUGAAACGUCCUGGUGCAGCUUCUUAUUCACGCUCCUCAGCGUUAUGGAUGCAACGCGGACUUUGAACCAGACACACAUAUUGUAGAUGUUCCCGUAUUCACAAGGUCACAGUGAAUUAUUCAUGGUCCUGCUGUAUUCCUGAUGUCUAGGGAAACAGAGCGUGUUUAUUUCAGCUUCUUACAUAAGUGUGUGUGUGUGUGUGUGUCCAAUCAGAACGCGGAUGAGUGCUUCACGCUGCUCCUCCACAAACGAGGUUACAGCUAUAGCAGCGACCCGCACGAGUAAAAUACACGAAUUACAUGAGGUUCGGAGGUGGUGUACAGGAACCGCGACGGCCACGUCAUCAAGUUCAACUUCGCGUCCAACGAGACGGAAGUCAUUCUGACCAACAGCACGUUUGUGGCGUUCAAGGUGGUGAAGUUCUCGCUCUCUGCAGACCUGAAGUUUGCUCUCUUCGCUUACGACGUCAAACGGAUGUACAGAUACUCGUACACGGCGUCCUACAUCGUGUACAACAUCUACACCAGGGAGGUCUGGGAGCUCAACCCGCCCGAGGUUCACAACGCGGUGCUGCAGCACGCAUCCUGGGGACGGCAAGGACAACAGCUGGUACUCUUCUUCUUCUUCUUCUUCUUCUUCUUCUGUCUCUCUACGUCUUUGAGAACAACAUCUUCUACCAGUCGGACGUGAAGAGCAACUCUCUGAGAAUCACGUCCUCCGGGGCCGAGGGGGUCGUGUUCAACGGGCUGGCCGACUGGCUGUACGAAGAGGAGGUCCUGCGCUCUCACCUGGCUCACUGGUGGUCACCUGACGGCGAGCGUCUGGCCUUCCUCACCAUCAACGACUCGCUGGUGCCCAACAUGCUGCUGCCCCAGUUCACCGGCCACAGCUACCCCCGAGGGCUGCAGUACCCCUACCCCACGGCCGGCCAAAAAAACCCCGUGGUCAAGUUGUCGGUGGUCAACCUGUUCGGAGCGACACACACGCAAGAGCUGCAGCCUCCGGACCAGCUCCGGCUCAGGGACCUCUACGUCACCAUGGUGAAGUGGAUCAGUAACACUCACCUGGCGGUGCGCUGGCUCAACCGGCCCCAGAAUGCAUCACUGCUGACGGUAUGCGACGCCACCAUCGGAGUCUGUCAGCAGAACCCCUUCACCCAUGCGUCUCCUCUCCAGAACCAGGACCCGUGGUUCUCUAAGGACCGGAGCCGGUUCUUCGUGUCUCUGCCCGUGAGACAAGGCGGUCACGGAGACUUCCGGCACCUCGCCAUGUUCUCCAGGAAGCUGCGGAGCGACGAGGACGAGGUCCGCCACCUGACGUCCGGCGACUGGGAGGUGACGAAGAUCGCAGCGUACGACGAAAACAACCAGAUCGUAUACUUCCUGAGCACCGAGGACGGCGCACAUCAAAGAAACCUCUACAGCGUGUCCACCCUCGGCUUGUUUCCACGGCGAUGCCUCACCUGCGGGCUGAAGGACGGCUGCUCGUUCUACGACGCCGACGUGGACCCCGAGGCGCAGCACGCCGUCCUGCACUGCAGAGGUCCCGGGGUUCCAGCCGUGCUGCUGCUGAGUUUAGGCGACGUGGACUCGUAUUUCAUCCUGGAGAACAACCUCCCUCUGAGGGCGGCGCUGGACACCAAGAGAAGGACUCGCACGGACAUCAGGAUGAUCAGCAACGACGACUUUGAUCUUCCUCUGAAGAUCAUCUUCCCUCCAGGCUUCUCUGAGUCUUUCCUCUACGGCCUCCUCCUCGUCGUCGCUGGCGCUCCGGGCGGCCAGGAGGUGACGGAGGAGUUCAGGCUGGACUGGGACUCGGUGCUGGCGGGCUCGGACCAGGUCAUCGUGGCCCGGCUGGACGGCAGAGGGUCAGGGUUCAGAGGUCAAAGGGUCCGGCAGCAGGUCCACCGGAGGCUGGGUGUGGUGGAGGCGGAGGACCAGGCGGCGGCUCUGCGGUACCUGACGACGCUGCCCUUCAUCGACCGCACGCGGGUGGGCGUCUACGGAGAGGACUACGGAGGCUUCCUGGUGCUGACCAUGCUGAAGGCGCCCGGGCAGCUGAUUGGCUGUGCAGCGGCUCGGACUCCCGUCACCGAUUGGCUCGUGUACGCGUCUGCGUUUUCGGAGCGAUACCUCGGAUCACCUUCAACUGAGGAGAACUCGUACCAGGUGUCCAGCGUGCUGAGCAACAUGAACGCUCUGCAGGGAGGAACUCUGUUCCUGGCCCACGGCACGGCGGACGCGAAUGUUCACUUCCAGCACUCGGCGGAGCUCAUCAAGCACCUGAUAAAGAUCGGAGCCAACUACACCAUGCAGAUCUACCCAGACGAGGGCCACUUCCUGUCCGCGGGCAGCCGCACCCAGCUGACCUCCUCCCUGAUUGGUUACUUCAGAGCGUGUCUGCUCGGUGCCUCGGCGCCACUGGACCGGCACCAACGGGGCGACGAGUGAGAGGCCGGCGCCGCUUACUGCUGCCGGACCGGGGAGGGUGUGUGUGUGUGUGUGUGUGUUUUAUACCUGUCGCACAACGAACAAGCUUCUCCUCAACAUACCGACUGGAGUAGAAUGAAGUAUCAGGCUGCAGAGAGGUCGGCGUAGAGGUCGUUCAGAGAGGUCAGCGUAGAGGUCGUAAAGAGAGGUCAGCAUAGAGGUCGGCGUAGAGGUCGUUCAGAGGUCGGCGGAGCGAGGGAAAUGUAAAUGUUUAGUUUAAAGGUCUAUAAAGUGUGGAGGAUGUUCAGAGGAGUGUAAGUGAGCCAACUCUCUCUGAAGCGUGACAGUCUUAUUAUAAACUUUAUGCUAUUUUCAUGCCUAAUCAUGUGGGAUGAAGUAAAAUAAUUCAUAUUCAUGCCUAAAAUAUAUAUAUAUAAUAUACAUCUAUUUUGUAUAUAUUCAGAGAGAGAUCAAGUGUUGUAUAUUUUUAUUUAUGUGUAUGAAUGUGUUUACGCUUAAAUUAGAUUUACUUCUGUUUUACUGCAGUCGCUUCAUGAGGUUGUCGGUUUAUUUUAUUUUAACGUGAUUUUUAAGACGUCGCUCGUCAGUUCUCUCGUGUCCGUCGGAGAUAAUUUUUUAUACUUUAAAAACCGCUCGCCGCUCCGUGUAAAUCCCCGGCUAACACAAUGUAACCACACACGUUUUGUUCUGUAAACUUGUUAAUUAAAAUGCUCUCCGGGUGAA